AUGUCUGCGGUCGCGCGAAGCGCGCAGGGCACGCCGCUCGACGGCGCGCCGCUCGCGACGACGGCCGUCGUGAUCGCGGUCGCGAUAUCUUUCGCGCUCGCGCUCGCCGCGAACGGCGAUUUCGCGCGCGUGUGCGCGUCGCCGCGGUUGGCGUUUGAACAUCCGCUGUCGAGCUAUCAUCGCGUCUGGACGUCGACGUUCUCGCACGGGAGCUUCCCGCACGCGCUGCUAAAUUGUCUAGCGUUCGUUCCGAUGGCGUCGGCGCUCGAGCGAUCGAUCGGGACGACGCACUUCGCGUGGUUAUUCGCGACGUUCGCGCACGCGGCGUACGCGCUCUCGGCGAGCGCGGCGACGGCGCUUUGGAUGGCGCUCGGAUAUCGCGCGUCGUACGAGAGCUGCGCCAUAGGAAUGUCUGGGGUGGUGUUCGCGCUGAUCGUGUGCGAGACGAACGUGAACGACGUGGAGCGGCGAAGCGUGUUCGGGUUGUUCACAGUGUCGAGCGAGUAUUACCCGAUCGCUCUUCUGCUUUUCAUUCAACUUUUGAUGCCUGGCGUCUCUUUCAUCGGUCACGCGGGUGGUAUCGCGGCUGGAUGGUUGUACGUUCGCGGAUACUUGAACUUUUUGCUCCUGAAGGAGACGCACGUGGAGUAUUUAGAGAAAUUAGCGAUUUGCGCGCCCGCGCGCGCCCUGGCGUCGUUCGUGCCGUCAAACGCCGAUCGGGGCGCGCGGCCGAACGCGGAGGCGAGUUCGACCGCAUUUCCCGCGUUUUCGACGGUUAGAGCGAUCCCGACUCGUAUGAGUGAGGUGACGCGCAACGCGUUCGCGGGUAAUUUCCCGGGCCAAGGACGGAAACUUGGCGGCGACGGGUCCACGACGGGUGAGAUGGCGAAUCUCGUUCGGGUCGAUCCUCGGGCGUUGGAUACGUUAGUAGAGCUGGGAUUCGCAGAACACGCCGCGCGGCGAGCGUUGCAAGAAUGUGACGGCGACUCGCAGCGUGCGAUCGAGUUGUUGACGGAAUCAGCGGCGCACGACGCGAAUAGCGACGAAAUAGUUUAG